UAACACAAGACAUUAAAACAGAAAAGAUCUUGAUUGAUGCAUAGCACCAUAGAAAAAGUUGGGUUUUUUCAUACGUUUCACACCAAAUCCGUUCCCUUUUAUAGGCCAGCUAUAGCUAGUUAUAAAGGCACAGUGUUGAGAGUUGAGAGUUGUGCAAGAGAGUGAAAAUGGGUGAGUGUAGAAUGCAGAAGAUGUUAGCUUUCUUGUCCCUUAUGCUUGUUACGCUUCCACCAAUAUAUGGUUGGGGAACUGAUGGCCAUUCCAUCAUUUGUAAAAUUGCUCAGACUCGGUUGACCGAAGAAGCAGCAGAUGCCGUAAAGCAAUUGUUGCCAAAAUGGGCGGAAGAUGAUCUAGGGAGUGUGUGUUCAUGGGCGGAUGAGGUGAAGUUCCGUUACCGAUGGUCAUCACCUCUUCAUUUCAUUAAUACCCCUGAGACUUGCUCUUACCAGUACAAAAGGGAUUGCAAAGAUGAAGAUGGAGAAGCAGGUAGGUGUGUAGCCGGGGCAAUUAACAAUUACACUUCUCAACUUCUCACCUACAAUUCUGCCGCAGAUAAAGCUGAAUAUAACCUUACGGAAUCACUUCUUUUCCUUGUUCAUUUUAUGGGAGACAUCCAUCAGCCUUUGCACGUAGGGUUUGCAUCAGACAAAGGAGGCAACACAAUCGUUGUCCAUUGGUAUAAAACAAAGCAAGUUCUUCACCAUGUUUGGGACACCAAUAUAAUUGAGACAGCUGAAGAGAGAUUUUAUAAUUCAAAUGUAGAUGACAUGGUUGAUGCAAUUCAACAAAACAUUACGAAUGAAUGGGCAGAUCAAGUUAAAAGAUGGGAGACCUGUAGUUUAAAUAAGACAGCAUGCCCUGAUAUAUAUGCAUCUGAAGGUAUCAAAGCAGCCUGUGAUUGGGCAUAUAAAGGUGUGAAAGAAGAGUCCGUACUUGAAGAUGAUUAUUUUGUGUCGCGAUUACCAAUUAUUUACUGGAGGUUAGCACAAGGUGGUGUUCGAUUGGCAGCAACUCUAAAUCGUAUUUUUGGAUGAAAAAUUUGCCCAUAACCCAUCCUAUUUUAUUGAGAUUUGAGAUGAAUUUUAAUAAAAAUUUGGAGUCAUUUCAUUUCCA